UGUGUGCUCACUGGGAGAAAAGCCGAGAUGGGGCGGGGAGAGGAGGGAGACACGCAGUUCCCGUCUAGUUCCGGCGCAGCGGGGCGCUGCUGCCCAGGGGACUGGCCCAUCCCCGGCCAAUCCGCUGGGUCCUUAUUGAUUGUUGAGCCCCUAGUGCGAGUCAGUCCCGCCGGACACCCUUGACUGGCCUCCUGUUACCCUCCCGGCUCUGGCCUCAUGAGGCGAGAGGUGCAGUUUGGCUCCGUGCGUAGGGACUUGGGUUGGGUGGGCUGGGCUGAGCUGAGCUGAGCUGAGCGUUGUGAGAACCAGAACGGCCCAGUGCGGUAACCUGAGAAUAGCGCCAUUUUGCCGUACGAAAGCUACACAGCAUCGCAGACUGGAGCCUGUCCUCCAGAUCUUCCUAGGGAGUGACUUCUGUUUCGGAGAAAACUCCAAAAUGGUAUCGAGGAAGAUUUAAAGGGACAGGCUGAUUUUUUUCUUAAUGCCAUGUCCCGGCCCUUCCUCAUCACCUUCACCCCAGCCACUGACCCCAGCGACCUCUGGAAGGAUGGGCAGCAGCAGCAGCCACAGCCCAAGGAGCCAGAGUCCACCCUGGAUGGGGCUGCAGCCCGAGCUUUCUAUGAGGCCCUGAUUGGGGAUGAGAGCAGUGCUCCUGACUACCAGAGAUCUCAGACUGAACCUGCCAGAGAAAGAAAGAGAAAGAAAAGAAGAAUAAUGAGGGCAGCUGCGGCAGAAGCAGUGGCAGCAGGACCAUCAGGAAGACAUGGACAAGGGAGAUCCCUUGAGGCUGAGGAAAAGAUGACUCAGCAGAUACUGAGGGCAGCCCAGGAGGGGGACCUAGCAGAACUUAGGAGACUGCUGGAGCCCCAUGAAGCAGGAGGAUCUGGGGGGAAUAUCAAUGCUCGGGAUGCCUUCUGGUGGACCCCACUGAUGUGCGCUGCUCGAGCGGGCCAGGGGGCAGCUGUGAGCUAUCUCCUGGGCCGUGGGGCUGCCUGGGUGGGGGUCUGUGAACUAGGGGGCAGGGAUGCAGCUCAGCUCGCUGAAGAAGCUGGUUUCCCUGAGGUGGCUCGCAUGGUCAGAGAGAGCCAUGGAGAGACAAGGAGAACAGAGAACCGGUCUCCCACUCCUUCCCUCCAGUACUGCGAGACCUGUGACACCCACUUCCAAGAUUCCAACCAUCGCACAUCCACUGCUCACCUGCUGUCACUGUCCCAGGGUCCUCAGCCUUCCAACCUUCCACUUGGGGUGCCCAUCUCCAGCCCAGGCUUCAAACUGCUGCUGAGGGGGGGCUGGGAACCAGGAAUGGGGCUCGGACCCCGGGGCGAGGGCCGUGCCAACCCCAUCCCCACUGUCCUCAAGAGGGACCAGGAAGGACUAGGCUACAGAUCAGCACCCCAGCCCCGGGUAACACAUUUCCCAGCUUGGGAUACCCGAGCUGUGGCUGGGAGGGAGAGAGCCCCUCGGGUGGCCACACUGAGCCGGAGGGAGGAAAGUAGGAGGGAGGAGAAAGAUAGGGCUUGGGAGCGGGAUCUAAGGACUUACAUGAACCUUGAGUUCUGAAUUUGGUAAAGUCUGACGCUGGUCUGCUGAAGUCUGAAUUUGGGCCUCUGACCUGGGCCCUUUGGCUUCCACUUCCUGGGAUCUGCCCUGGUGCAGACCCUUGGGUUUUGGGUCAGUGGGUUCUGUCUUUGCAAGAGAUGGGCUGGGAGUGAGAAAUAAAUCAACCUUUUGUGGUUUA